AUGCCGAUGCGCAACGUCUUCACAGACCGAGGGAGCAGCUCCCAUGAGCCGGGAUCUCGCAGGCACAUGCUCGGAGACUCGGUCCGCAACCUGUUGAUUGUGGUGUUUGGAGAGUUUUGCGGCACCUUCAUGUUUCUCAUGUUGUCGUUUGCCGGGGCGCAGACAGCCAUCAACAACAACCAGCUGGAUACGCCCCACGGUGUCCUGGCCCCUGCUACUCUCUUCUACAUUGCUUGUGCUUUCGGUACGGCGAUUGCCGUCAACGUGUGGGUGUUUUACCGCGUGACCGGCGGCAUGUUUAACCCUGCUGUCACUCUCGGUUUGAUGCUGGUUGGUUCCGUCAAGCCGCUCCGGGGCCUGCUCAUCAUCCCUACUCAGCUUGUUGCGGCCAUAGCUGCCGCCGCCGUCGUCGACGGACUGCUCCCGGGACCGCUUACCGUGGCCAACUCUCUCAGCAAUGGAACCUCCAAGGUCCAGGGUGUCUUCCUGGAGAUGUUCCUCACGGCGCAGCUGGUGUUGACGGUGUACUUCCUCGCCGUGGAGAAGCACAAGGCCACCUACCUUGCCCCCAUUGGCAUUGGCAUCGCCGUCUUCAUCGCCCACAUCGUCGGCACCAACUACACCGGCACUUCCAUCAACCCGGCGCGGUCCUUCGGCCCCGCCUGCAUCCAGGGCUUCGUCGGCUACCACUACAUCUACUGGGUCGGCCCGCUGAUGGGCUCCCUCCUCGCGUUUGCCGUCUACUGGGUCUUGAAGUGGCUCGAGUACCAGAGCGCCAACCCGGGCCAGGACGACGACGACGUGGAGAGGGGACUCCCCCCCGUUGGCGCCACGACGUCUACUCAGCAGCAGCACCAAAAGCCCAGCCACCGCAGCACAAACAGUGAGGCGAGCGACGGUACUCUGCCGGCUACUGGAGCCAAGGACCACAGGUACGAUCCUAUGCCACCCGUUUCCGCGUGA